AUGGCGUAUGCUUCUGUAGCCCAGACUGAACACGACCAGCCCGCACUCGCGGAUACUCCCUCGCCGACCCUCCCCAGAGUAUCCAACAACCGUCCUCUCUCCCUGGAAUUCGAGUCGUUGUCUGGAGAAGUGGCCCUCGUCGGUCCUGCAACCAAUGAUGCCCCCGGCGUGGGUGGCCUCCUGAAGUCAAUCACGUCGUCUGCGCCCUCUUACGAAAUGGUCGAAGACGAUGAAUACGAAGACUACUCGCGAACUCCUAGAAAAGAAAAGUCUGGCACAAACCAUGACGACCCCCUAGCGUCGGACCAGCCUCCUGUAAGGACUGCAUCUGUCAGUCGGCACCUGCCGCUCAAACACCCUACCCCGGACCUGCAGUCUCUGCAAGGGGCAUACUUGAAGAAUGUGGAACGGCUUGAAGAGAGCGCUGAGCGUCUCAGCAUGACUUCAAGUCUCGACGAUGAGAUCCGAAGAGUCAAAUCGGACCAGAGACGGGUAGAGCGCCGUUCGUCUGCGGCCAGCGGCAACUCGUCUCGCAAUGGCAACGGAAAUCGUGUCAUGUCCACAAUAUCCCUCUCGAACUCUAUCGUCGGCGUCAACCAUACUGCCCGCUCAGGUGGCUAUUCUCCUUCAGCAUACAUCACAUCUCCUACAGGCUCCAUUCGCUCUGGUCCUCGUGUUGUAGAACGUCAAACGUCCCGCAGCAGCAAACUGGGACAGCAGCUGCCCGAGCCAGAUUUUGAGGGAAGACCCCUAGAUAUGGUUCUAGAGCCCAGUCCACUCUCGCCACAUCGCGCGAGCGGAGAGUACUCGGACCACCUCGCCGUCCCUGCAGACAGCAUUCCCGAAGAUCGGCCUGCUUCAGCCGCGUCGGGCGACACGUUCCAACAAGCCGAUGCCGCGUUUGCUGACUUCGAUGGCACGCAUUACGGCUCCUUGAACCGGGAUGACUCGUUGCGGCAUCAGAUACCGCUGCGCCAUCCGCCCCGAGCAAGAGAUUCGAAAGCAUUCCGGGAAGCGCAACCUGGCGAAUCUAUGAUCUACUACCCUGCGCCUGUUCCAGUAAUGCUGAAUCUGCCUGCCAAGCUGUCCAAGACCAAUUUUCAACAGCAACAGCAGCGGCGGCAACAAGCUAUGAGCUUGAUCCCCAAUGAGAUGAGGAAAUCAGCGAUGUGGCUGGAUGGCGAGGAGCCUCCAACGUCUGACCCUCGCGCCACCUUGAAGCUGCCGCCUCAGCUCAGGGCUAGCGCUUUCUUUGAUCAACAAAGCACCUCGCCCAACCUACAGCUCAAAAAUGGCUCUGCUGUGCAAACGCUAGACAGCAUCCUUGAUGCAGCUGCCCAUGCACCUGUCUCUGCUUUUACAGAUCAUCCUAUAGUUGGCAAGCUGGGGAGAGAGGUGUACGGACGCGAGAAGACUUCGCGUAAAAGCACUCAGAUUGACGUCGAGACUACCAAGAAGAGACGCAGCUCACUGAGCAAUAUCUUGAAGUCUCGGAAAUCCAGCGACAAGCUCUCGCACGGUCGCGUCACCUCGAGAGAGUCGGCGCCUCUCGAUCACAAUGGCGCAUUAAGUGGAGAUGAACUUGAGGCUGCCACUGAGCGGUCGAUUGCUCCAGGUGCGGAUGAACUUCCCACCCCACGAGAAGUUCCGGGAGAUGAAGAUCGGCCGAGUGAGGGUUCCGAGUCUGACCAUGAGCCUGGAUUUUCCGGAGCCCCCACGACACUACUCGCCGAGCUGCAGCUGCGCAAGGCACAGCAAAAACAGCGGACUCGCACCGCAGCGGAUGCGUUUCCCAAUGGUAUGCAUUCCACGCUACUUGAGCUUGAUGCUGUGACACAGUUGCAGCAGAAGUCCCGGAAGCAGAAACAUGUCACCUUGGCCUGGGAGGAUAUUGAUGCUGCUGAGAAAGAGAACUUUGAUGACGAAGAUGUCCCUCUGGGCGUGCUAUUCCCCGAAAAGGACAGAGCUCAGCAUGUCAACGCUAAUCGCCCGAUCGGUCUUAUGGAACGCAGGGAGAUGGAGGACAACGAGCCUCUUAGCCACAGACGAGCGCGGCUACGGGGAGAGCCUUAUCAGCCUCCGCAAACUAUGACGCCACCGAGAUCAAACAUUGACGACGAUGAAGCGUCGAAAUUCAGGCUUGAUUUGCCAGGCAUGACUGAUGCGCACGUGGAGGAGCAGGAGGGGGAGACCCUUGCACAGAGACGACAGCGCAUGAGAGAAGAGAAAGAGAAGGUGUCUGCCGGCAACUUUGCCUCGGACGUUGCCAGCCAUCUCGGCCUAGAUGCUGCUGUCAAGGAGAUACCUGCAUCAAAGACGCCCGACAUAGAGGAGACGCUCGGCCAGCGAAGGGCACGGCUCAAAGAAGAAGCCAUGAAGAUUGCCCGGCCGGAACUGAAGCCGCGUCACAGUAUGGCCGAUCUACUGCAGCAUAAUCCUGUUGGCUUGCGACAGCCGACAGAGGGCGGGCCACCAGGGCACCUGGCACGUACGAGUACUUUUGGGCCUUCGACUACCCAACCUCGAGGUUCUUUUAUGCCUUCAGUGCCGGCGCACCUGGCGAGCCUACCAUAUUACAAUCACUCGCCAUACAUGAAUCGGGGUAUGAAUGGCUCACAACCGAUGAUGUACGGAGGUAUGCCGCAGAUGGCUUCGCCGAUGGUUGGGAAUGCUUACGGGAUGAUGAUGCCGGAUCCGAUGGGCCCUCCGCUGAACUCGCAACAGCGGGCUGUCAUCGACAGAUGGCGGCAGGGCAUCAUGUGA